AUGUCAGCAGAGGAAGCUAGCAACGGUGCUGCUGCAGCGCAGCAGCAGCAGCACGAGCUGCAGCAGCAGCAGCAGCAGCAGCAGCAGCAGCACCUCGAGGAUGACGCAGGCAUUCCUCAACUCCCGGGGGCCCCCACCAGCGACGGCCUGGGGGCCCCGGGGGCCCCAGCAGCACAAGAGGGGGGCCCCCUGGACAGCAGCAGCUACAGGCCUUACGAAGUGGACCAGCAGCAGCAGCAGCAGCAGCAGCAGCAGCAGCAGCACCACCCGCAGCAGCAAGACUCCCACAUGCAUGGCACCAUGACUGAAGAGGAAAGAACAGCACGCAAGAUUUUCGUUGGCGGACUCAACAGAAACACCACAGCGGAGUCUCUUCGGGAGUACUUUUCUUCUUUCGGUGGUGUUUAUCACACGGAGGUUUUAUUCGACAAGUUGACAGGCCGAAGCCGAGGGUUUGGAUUUGUGACUUUUGAAGAGCCAGAGACAAUUAAUAAUGUGGUGGAUAGACACCACACGAUUGACGAGAGUCAACGCAGGGUUGCAGCAGCGCUGGAGGGCGAGGCAGCCCUAGCGGGGGACGGGUUGCUCACGGUGCAGCAGCAGCAGCAGCAGCAGCAGCAGCAGCAGCAGCAGCAGCAGCAGCAGCAGCAGCGGGAGACAGAAAGACAGACAGAAGCAGCUGCCUAUACACCCCAAAUGCAUUCGUUUUGUUUUAAACGCUCUAAACAGGAACGGAGGAGAGAAAGCAGCAGCAGCAGCAGCAGCAGCAGCAGCGGCAGCAGCAGCAGCAGCAGCAGCAGCAGCAGCAGCGGCAUGAGCGGCAGCAGCAGUGAAGGCGAGAAAAUCGUCACACUGCCAGCAGCAGCAGCAGCAGCAGCAGCACUGGUAGCAGCAGCAGCUGUAGCAGCAGCUGUAGUAGCAGCAGCAACUGCAGAAUUAGUGGCAGCAGCAGCUGCAGAUGCAGCAGCAGCAGCUGCAGAUGCAGCAGCAGCAGCAGCAGCAGUGGUAGCAGAACAGCCAACGCAGCUGCAGUCGCAGCAGCAGCAGCAGUGGUAG